CCCCUUGCCUUCUUGCUGCAAGCAAGGAUCUCCCGAAGGGAUGCUGGAGCAGGAGUCUGCUGCGCAGGCCGAUGCUGCAACCAGUUUCCUGAGAGCUGCGAGAUCCGGGAACCUGGACAAAGCCCUGGACCACCUCAGGAAUGGGGUAGAUAUUAACACGUGCAACCAGAAGGGGAACACAGCCCUGCACAUCGCUGCCCUGGCUGGACAGGACAAAGUGGUCCAGGAACUGGUGAACUAUGGGGCCAACGUCAACGCGCAGUCUCAGCACGUGGACUGCGUGCGCCUGCUGCUGCAGUACGACGCCGACAUCGACGACAUCACCCUGGACCACCUCACGCCGCUGCACGUGGCCGCGCACUGCGGGCACCACCGCGUGGCCAAGCUGCUGCUGGAGAAGGGCGCCAAGCCCAACUCCCGGGCCCUGAACGGCUUCACGCCGCUGCAUAUCGCCUGCAAGAAGAAGCACACCCGGGUGAUGGAGCUGCUGCUGAAGAUGGGGGCCUCCAUCGACGCCGUCACGGAGUCCGGCCUGACGCCGCUGCACGUGGCCGCCUUCAUGGGGCACCUGCCGAUCGUCAAGACCCUGCUGCAGCGCGGAGCGUCCCCCAACGUGUCCAACGUGAAGGUGGAGACACCCCUGCACAUGGCGGCCAGAGCAGGGCACACGGACGUGGCAAAGUAUCUGCUGCAGAACCAAGCCAAAGUGAAUGCCAAGGCUAAGGACGACCAGACCCCUCUGCACUGCGCCGCGCGCAUCGGCCACACCAGCAUGGUGACACUGCUGCUGGAGAGCGGCGCCGACCCCGACCUGGCCACGACGGCCGGCCACACGCCGCUGCACAUCACCUCCAAAGAGGGCCACGUGGACACGGCGCUGGCCCUGCUCGAGAAGGGCGCCUCGCAGACCUGCAUGACCAAGAAAGGAUUUACCCCUCUGCACGUUGCAGCCAAGUACGGGAAGGUGGACGUGGCGGAGCUGCUCCUGGCGCGGGAUGCUCACCCCAACGCCGCGGGGAAGAACGGCCUGACGCCCCUGCACGUGGCCGUGCACCACAACAACCUGGAGAUUGUCAAGCUGCUGCUUCCCAAGGGCAGCUCCCCGCACAGCCCGGCCUGGAACGGCUACACGCCGCUGCACAUCGCGGCGCAGCAGCAGAUGGAGGUGGCCAGCAGCUUGCUGCAAUACGGAGCUUCUGCAAACGCCGAGUCCCUGCAGGGAGUCACCCCCCUGCACCUGGCUUCCCAGGAGGGCCACGCGGACAUGGUGACACUGCUCUUCUCCAAGCAGGCCAACGGCAACCUUGGCAACAAGAGUGGCCUGACUCCUCUCCACCUCGUGGCCCAAGAGGGGCAUGUACCAGUUGCUGAUGUUCUGGUGAAACAUGGAGUCGCAGUGGAUGCCACAACCAGGAUGGGCUACACCCCGCUGCACGUGGCCAGUCACUACGGGAACAUCAAGCUGGUGAAGUUCUUGCUGCAGCACCAGGCUGACGUCAACGCCAAGACGAAGCUGGGCUACACCCCCCUGCACCAAGCGGCGCAGCAGGGCCACACCGACAUCGUGACGCUGCUGCUGAAGCACGGUGCAUCUCCCAACGAGAUCAGCACGAACGGCACCACCCCUCUGGCCAUUGCAAAGCGCCUCGGCUACAUUUCGGUCACGGACGUGCUGAAGACCGUCACGGAGGAAACUGGCAUCCCGUCAGUUGGUGAAAAGCAUCGCAUGAGCUUCCCAGAGACGGUGGAUGAGAUCCUGGAUGUGUCAGAGGAUGAAGGCACUGCUCAUGUCACUCUGAUGGAGGAGGAGCUGCUCGUGCCCAAGACCAAGCCGGCCGAGGCCAGGGAGCAGGAGGGCAAGAGGGAGCUGCUGGAGCUGGUGACCGAGACCACCCUGGAGCAAACGUACGAGGACCCACCGGGCGGCGAGGGGGGACCGGAGGAGCGGGAGCAGGGGGGAUCCGCGGAGGCGGAGGGCGAGCAAGCGAGCCUGUUGCAGGCGCCCUCGGUGUCCCCGCAGGAGGUGAGCACCACGCACGGCGCUCUGGGGAGCGCGGGCGCCGUGUCGCGACGUCCUCACGUGGCAGCGUGUCACGAGCUCCUCAUGUGCGCGCCGACCCGCAUCACCUGCCGCCUCGUGAAGCCGCAGAAGCUGCCGGCGCCGCCGCCGCUCGCCGAGGAGGAAGGCCUGGCCAGCCGCAUCAUCGCCCUGGGGCCCGCGGGCGCGCAGUUCCUGAGCCCGGUGAUGGUGGAGAUCCCGCACUUCGCGUCGUGCGGGCGCGGGGACCGCGAGCUCGUGGUGCUGCGCAGCGAGAACGGCUCCGUGUGGAAGGAGCACCGCAACCGCUACGAGGACAGCUACCUGGAGCAGCUGCUCCAUGGCAUGGAUGAGGAGCUGGAGAGCCAGGAGGAGCUGGAGAAGAAAAGGAUCUGCCGCAUCAUCACCACAGAUUUCCCUCUCUACUUCGUGGUCAUGUCUCGGAUUUGCCAGGACUGCGACCUCAUCGGCCCUGAGGGAGGGUGUCUGAAAAGCACGCUGGUGCCCAUGGUGCAGGCCACCUUCCCGGAGACUGCCGUCACCAAGAGGGUCAAGCUGGCCCUGCAGGCGCAGCCCGUGCCCGACGAGCUGGUGACCAAGCUGCUGGGGAACCAGGCCACCUUCAGCCCCAUCGUCACGGUGGAGCCACGGCGGAGGAAAUUCCACCGGCCCAUCGGCCUCCGCAUCCCGCUGCCUCCGUCCUGGAAGGACAGCCCCCGGGACAGCGGCGAGGGAGACACCACCAGCCUGCGCCUGCUCUGCAGCGUCAUUGGAGGGACAGCCCAAGCUCAGUGGGAAGAUAUAACGGGCACCACAAAGCUGGUCUAUGCCAAUGAGUGUGCCAACUUUACCACCAACGUGUCUGCCAGGUUCUGGCUGGCAGACUGCCCACGCACAGCUGAGGCCGUGCACUUUGCCACCACGCUGUACAAGGAGCUGACAGCCGUGCCCUACAUGGCCAAAUUUGUGGUGUUUGCCAAGAUGAACGAUGCGCGGGAAGGCCGGCUGCGCUGCUACUGCAUGACCGAUGACAAGGUCGACAAGACUUUGGAGCAGCAUGAGAACUUCACAGAGGUGGCCCGCAGCCGUGACAUUGAGGUGGUGGAGGGGAUGCCUCUACACGUGGAGCUUUCGGGCAACCUGGUGCCUAUCAGGAAGGCCGCGCAGCCACGCACCUUCCUCUUCCAGUCCUUCCGGGAGAACCGGCUCGCCAUCCCCAUCAAGGUGCGGGACAGCAGCCGGGAAGCCAGCGGCUCCCUGUCCUUCCUGCGCAAGGCCAUGAAGUACGAGGACCUGCAGCAUGUCCUCUGCCACCUGAACAUCACUAUACCGCCCUGCACCAAGGGCAGCGGCAGCGAGGAGCGGAGGAGGACGCUGACACCGCUGGCUCUGCGGGAGCGAUACAGCAUCCUCAGCGAGAGCAGCCUCGGCUCGCUGAGCAGCACGGACAGGGCGGACCAGAAGAUGGUCGAUAUAGCGGAGCAGCUGGGCCUCAGCUGGGCAGGUGAGUUGACACUGCAAGACUCACGCGAGCUGCAGUUUGGGGUGGAGGACAUCAACAGGAUACGAGUGGAGAACCCCAACUCCCUGCUGGAGCAGAGCAUGGCUUUACUCAACCUCUGGGUCAGCCGCGAGGGCAAGAACGCCAAGAUCGAGAGCCUCUACACGGCGCUGAGGAACAUCGACCGCAGCGAGAUCGUGAGCACGCUGGAGGGCUCCGGGCGGCAGAGCCGCAGCCACAAGGGCAGCUGGCGCUACACGGACAGGGACUAUUCCCUCUCGCCCUCCCAGAUGAAUGGUUGUGCUUCGCUGCAGGACGAGCUGCUGUCCCCUGCCUCCCUGCAUUACACACUGCCGUCCCCGCUGCGUGCCGACCAGUACUGGAAUGAGGUGGCCAUCAUGGAUGCCAUCCCCAUGGCUGCCACCGAGCAGGACGCCCUGAUGGAGAUGUCCGACAUGCAGGUGUGGUCCUCGGGGCUCACGCCGUCACUGGUGACUGCUGAGGACUCCUCUCUGGAGUGCAGCAAGGCCGAGGACUCGGAUGCCACAAGCGAAGGCCGAUUCCCGGGUCAGCCCCUGGCAGACGCGCAUGGCCCAGACCACCUGGGCUCCAUGGACCUGGUUGAGGAUGACACAGUGGACUCAGAUGCCAUGAACGGCCUGAUUGACCUGCUAGAGCAGGAGGAGGGUCAGAGGCCAGAGGGGAAGACGCCCCAGCCGCGGACGGACGCGGAGGAGGACGCGGAGAGUGAAGUCUCUCUCGUUUCAGUUCAGCAGAAGGUGCAAGCCCGGAUCACGGCAUCGCCUACUGUGAGCCACAUUGCUGAGAAGAGUGACGGCAGGCUGAGGGACUGGAAUGCAGAAGGCUCCUUUAUCUCCUGCCUACAGGACCUGACAGCGGGCUCCUGGCAGGAGGGGGUCACCCACGGGCUGCGCCUGACACACACUACGGCCGCCGGGGUGGGGGGCCCGGAGCAGGAGCAGGGCGAGCUGGACAAGGAGCUCGGGGAGCGUCAGGGGCUGGCGGACGACGAGGAGUCGUUCUCCACCAGGGUGGUCCGCCGGCGCGUCCUCGUGAAGGGGAACGAAGUCCUCAAUGUGCCUGGAGAGCAGGUGACGGAGGAGCAGUUCACCGAUGACGAAGGCAAUAUCGUCACCAAGAAGGCCGAGGCCGACCACUUCAUGAAAUACGCCGGCCUCCACCGGGACGCUCUGGGGGCCAAGGAUGGGCGCUCACGUAGUGAAACGCGCCAGCCUCAAAAGGGGGAAGCAGUGACCCCCUCCAAGGGCCUCUUUGGAGGUAACCUGCGCUCUCCCUCCCGGCCUGCGCCCGGGGCCGCCGCGCGUCCCCUCCAGGACAGAGCUGUCCCCUUCCCGCGCGUGCAGGAGCAGCGCGAGAGGUGGCACGAGAGGGCGGCAGCGAGGCGGGCUGCGCUGGAGGCCGUGCCCGUUGCCCGCUCCUCUCUCCCGGGCACCUGGCACGUUGCCUCUGUCCCCACACGGCCACUGCCCCUGUCCCCGCACUGGGCGCGCUCUUGCCGCUCGGCCCUGCGCACGCGAGCAGGUGGCAGGACACGGGCCAGCAAUGUCCUGGGCUGUGCAGGAGCCAGGGACAGCCCUCGAAGCCCCGCUGUGCUCGCAGUCCCCGUGCGGGCCAUGCGCUCGGCUCCGCUCGCCGCCGGGGACGCCGCGUCUCUCUGUGUCCCUCCAGGACGUCACCUCGACACCGAAGCACUGAACGCCCCCAUGUCCUGA